CUGCAGUCUCCGUUUUGUCCUCGAGUGGUUAAGACCUUUCCUGUUAGAAGAAUUUUAUUGUUAAAAAAAAAUUUAACUUAAUUAUUCAUUUUUGACCUCUACAAGCGAUCGAACUCAAAUAAUAUUCAAUGAAGACCUUUUCUUUCAUAUUGAGCCUAUUCUUGUUUAGUCUCCUUUUUAGUAGACUUGAUGCCGCUGCUGUCGGUAAAGGCGCUGUUGGAUCGGGUGGUCGCGGACGCGGAGGUAUGAAGCAAAAAUCUGGUGGCGGUAGAAAAAGUGGAGGUGGUCCCAUUUUAAUCAGUAAAGACAACAGAGCAGGUGGCAAAGAAUCCCUUUUAGAAUCAUCAGCUGGUGAUGCCUAUUAUAACAACCCAAACGGAGCUUCAAUUAAAUACGCUUCCCAUUUCGAAUCGGAGUACAUCUUAGGCCGCAAACUUUCAUUUUACUGCAAAGCACAAGGAUUACCGCGCCCACGCAUUACAUGGCUAAAAGAUGGCAUCGAAUUAUACGAGCAUCCCUUUUUUCAGGUGCACGAAUUCAACGUGGGCAAAGACCAGAUUACGUCCAAAAUGGAGAUUGAUCCAACUACCCAGCGAGACUCAGGAUAUUACGAAUGUCAGGCAGAUAACAAAUACGCCGUAGAUAAACGAGGAUUUCGUACUGAUUACACCCUUGACGUAUAUUAAGAACCUUGUUUGGGCUGAGAAAGUUGUGAAUUUUGCAACACGUUGAAAUUGAGUUAACUAUAUCUACAUCUCAUUUUUCGUUUAAAUCUUAUUAUAUUCUGGUCGAUUUGCAAUAUUUUUCACUUUUCAUGUUAUUCUCCGGAGAGCCAUAUAAUACUCGUCAUCCAAUCUAUCUUUUCUUGCUCUUUCUACUAUACCAAUGUCAAUGUCUCUCGCACGUUUCCAGCUUUAUUGAAAAAACCUGGUGUGUUCCAACAGUAACUCAUCCGCCUACUGACAGCCAGUAAAAAAACACUAGGGAAUUUGGCAGUCGUUCAAUGUAUCCAACUGGACCCGUUUAAUUUGUCGCCCAUCGGCCAAUCGCUAUUCUUGUCGCGAUAGUUGGUUAUUCUUCUUUUUAUGUGCACCAAUAAGUUUUCAACGUUUUGCUAUUGUCCUUGGGAUUGUCCACGCAAUUUUACGUACGUCAUUCCCAUUGAAA